GCGUCGAGUCGUUGAGACGCCUCACUCAGCGUUUAUAAAGCUGGUGAUCACAUCGUCGCGUGUCAAGCUCCAUUUGACAUGGCCUACACAAAUCAACGUGUCUUAAUCACGAACAAGUGUCGCGAGAACAAAAUCAAAAUUCCCAUCUGGAACCCUCGAUCAUCUUCAGUCACGAUUGUUAAUACUAAUAAUUGAAAGAUUGAAGGAUCAUUUAACAAUCUUCUGCCGUGAGAUCUUUUGCUUGCAAACGUUGACACUCAAUGAAAUUAACUUAAUUUUAUCUCUGUCAACAAAAUAAUAUCUUUGUGUUUAAAAACAUUCGGAUCUUCUAUUAUUGUGAUUAAAAAAUCAAUUAAGAAAUCAGAAAAAUGUCUACAGAAUAUUUUAUUAAAAAAUUAAGAAUGUGUCACAUUGAUUAUAAUUUUUUAUUUGAUCAAAGUGCCUUAAAUUUUCAAUGUAUUUACAUUAUUCAAUGAGGGGAAAAUUUAACUAUUAUUGUUAUUACUUGUUGAGAGUUAAAUUUUUAUAUUCCUAUUAGAGUUUAUUUGUACCAGAUGACAAUCAAUUCGACAAAUAUACUUUGGCAGAUAAUAAUUUUUAUAUACAUAAGAAGACAGAAAGGAUUCUUGAUAUCAGCAGAAAAGGAAUUCAUUUCAAAAUUGAGAGUUGCAAUCGGCAAAUUUAAUUCCAAUCAUAUUUCUAUUGAACGUAGGAUUCUUAUAAAUUUUAACUUGAAGGAUUUUUGUUGAUGUGGAAUAUUUAUGAGAACAUAUGUUUUUUGCUGAAGUUUUAAAAGAAAUUGUAAAACUACCAAGAAUAAGGAAUAAAUCUAAUUUAUUCCAUUGUGCUUCUUACCUUUGGAAACGAAAAUCAAAUAUGAAAUUCCUUCAAUUGAUUGAUAUAUAUACAUAUAUAACAUAUAGAAAAUUGUAAAGGGAAUUUUUUAAUAUGUCUUUUUUUAAUGCUUUUCUGAAUAUGAAAAUUCUUUUCAAAAAUACAGUUAAUUGAACCAGAAGAGUCAACAAGAAAGAUGAUAGAAAAUUAAAAUUUAUAGAUGAAUUGUUAAGUGAAAAGAAAGUUUCCUUAAAACACACUUGGUGCGCCCUUCGUGUGGCACGCGAACCUCUUAUUGUGGUUAUGAUAAAAUCAGUCUUACGUCCCUUGUUUAUGUUAUCAUCCAUAGACAAGUCGUGAUCAAGUGACGAACGAGUUUCAUUCUGAAAUAAAGACAACUUCCUUAAUCACAACUUCUUUUAAAAAAAGAUGCUGACGAUUAAUUAUUAUUGAAAUAAAAAGUAAGCAUGAAAAGUUAAGUUUACUAAGCGUAAGCAGUGAUAAGAGGAGUUAUUUCCGCGGAUGAAAUUUGUGUUGAUUGUUUCUCUAUUCCACGUGGACAUCUUUAGUCGAAACCAUGGCCUGCAUCAAAGCUCCAAGAUCGAUAAGAGGCUCCUGCGAUGAUAUGAAGACCGAUUCCACUCGUAAUAUUAUUCAGAUCUACACCGAUUGGGCCAAUCAUUAUCUAGAACGAGGCGGCUGCAAGAGGCGAGUUACAGACAUCCAGGCUGAUCUCUGCGACGGAGUUCUUCUUGCCGACCUUAUCGAGGCCGUCACCAAUCAGAAAGUGAUUGAGGUCAAUCGAAAACCGAAGAGUGCCCAGCAAAUGGUUGAAAACGUGAGUCUGUGCUUGGGUGCCCUGCGGGCACUUGGUGCCGAUGUUGGGGCUGUGAAUCCUGGCGAAUUAACAGCAGGAUCAACUCUUCGACCCGUCCUCGCCCUUCUCUUUGCCCUCUCGAGGCACAAGCAGAGAGCAAAACAGCUUCAGGAUAUGCCUCGACUACCUUCACCCUACAACAAGCAGGCGACAGUCGUUGCUGCGGGAAGUACUCCGGGGGGUACGAGCAUCCCCCUACCUGCAACUGUCGCGGCGACAAGAAGAUGCCCUCCGGACAAAGUCAGACCAGCACCAUGCUCUGGCCAUCAAACACAGAUGGGAGGCUUGAAGCACGGGAACGGGGGUAUUGGCAGUGCCAGCAGCUCGAGAAGUACAAGUCCAAGUCAACAGCAACCACCACAAAGCGGUCUUUCCUUUAUUCCACAGCCAAGAAGUCAAAACUCCACCAACAGACAACCUGCAGCCACUACCCCGAGCCCCCGGACAUCAACAGUGGGUCGCCCAAUUGGUUUGCGAGCCCCGCAAAACUCACCGUAUACAACUCCAUCACCUCCGGUUCAACAUAAUAAAAAUUCAGUUCUCGACAAAUUCAAACUCUUCAAUAACAAGGACAAAAACCAAGAUCGCUCGAAACAAACGUCUUCCGGUGUCUCAAAACGAACCUCCAGCUCAUCCGGAUUCUCAUCGGCUCGCUCGGAGCAUUCCGACAGUUCAACGUCACUCUGCGACCAAAGUAAACCUCAGUUGGAAGUGCCGAAAGCGAAAGCCCUCAAAUCAAAACUUCAGGCGAAACCUUCGAAACAAGUGAGUCCAAAAUCGGCCCGAAAGGAGCAGGCCAAGGCACAAACAAAAAUCGCCAGAACGAAAGGAUCAGAGAAAUUUGUUUACAAUCCUUCAGCCGACGAUGUUAAAACGAACAGUAAAAUCGGCAAUAUCGGAGUAAAACUCAGUGGCGAAAAAAGGGUCUCUAUCGAUCUUUUGAAACAACCGUCACUUAUUCAGAAAACUUGUCUUCCACCGCCAAAGACUCUUCCACCUCAGGAAAGCAAGUGUCAGCCUGCCGCGAAAAUUGAACCAAAAUCAAUUCAGAAACCGAAAAUGGAAUUUUCCGCCAAGAUUUCUGAUCCCAAGAUACAUCUCAAGUCUCCAAUCAAUGGAAUAAAUAAGGACAUUCUCAUGCAAAAGGAUCUAGUUUCUAAUUCAGACGUUAUCGAUCGAGACCUGAAAGAGAAGGCGAUGAAUCAGACAAAUCAAAGUUUGUCCGAGGAGAAAGCCAUAGAGAUGACAAAAGACAAGCCGAUUUCCAUCCAAAGUUUCGACUCAAAAACUAACGAUCUGAUAAUAGAGAAGAACGAAUUGAAUGAUUCAAUGGAAAAUAAAAGUAAUUCCGAAUACAAAGCGAUCAAUUCAGAUGAGAUGCCUGUUCAAAUUCCUAAUAGUCCUUUGAAUAAACACGUUCUAAACAGCCCUCCAAGUUCGAACCUCGCACCGGGAAUUAGUCCAGGAUCGAGCAUUCCAAAACCCACGGCUUUAGUAAAAGGAACCUCGAAACCGCCGAAGGAGAAUAAUGUGCCGAACAUUCCGACACCAACGAAACACAAAAGCGAUACGCUACACCGGAAACUCGAUCCAAAUACGGUAGCGAUGGUCUCGCCAAUGCCCAGCAUCUCCGAUCUUAUGUCGGAAAGUUCGCACAGUAAUUCUAAUAGUACUGGACAAAGCAAUUCGAGCGACAGCAGCGUCAUUUACAGACCGAGCAGCGAGAGUGGAAGCGAGAUUAAAACCAUUCCCAACAGGAAGAUCGACACGACCUUUGAGCAAAUGGAGAAGGUAUUAUCAGAGAGUUCGACCUGCGGCGGUUCGAUCGCAGACGACGAGGCGGAGAUGACCGUGAAACCAAUGCAACCUCUUCUUCGAGGAUACACGCCGGGUUCCCGAGGUCUGCAGACCCUGCCGAGCAGAACAACCACUCGACAAUAUACAAUUCUGCAUUCCACGUCACAUCAUCACGUUGGACACGACUACGCGGACAUUGACAUCGCCUCAGGUUACCUCAGCGACGGAGAAGUUCUUCGUAGUGGAAUGAACGUUGCCAGCAGGACUCUCUCCGAUUUAUGCGAUGGUUACAUGUCCGAGAGCGGCGCCUCUCUCUAUGCCCGCCGGAUAAAUUCGUCGUAUGGACACGAUCACGAGAGAUUCGUGAGUGGCUCGAGGAGAGAAUUAACAGGAGUAAAGGAAAUUGUUACCUCGAGGAGAGUUCAAAAGAGGCCAACUGCAGGAAUUAGAUCUGAUGAAGGAUCUGGGCACCAGAGUGGUUUACUAGGAAGUUGCAGUGGAGGAAGUGACGCCCUGGCGGAGCUCACUAUCGAGGACCUGGCCUCUAUCCCAGCCAGCAACCAUACCGCCGCUAAUCACACUGGACACCCCUCUCACCACAAGAGGGUGCCAGGAGGUGGUAGCGUGGUCGUGGGGGGUGGCAGUGGCUUGGCCACCCCCCAAGGGGUACAACAGGGUAACAACCUUGUCUACCGGGUGGUAAGUUCGAGGCACCCUGGUAGUAGUCAUCAUUCCCACGUCAAAAAGUCAGAUAGUUCUCAGCAAACUGAAAACUCUGCUUUCAAACAGCAACAGCAACAGCAGCAGCAACAACAACAGCAACAGCAAAAUAAUUCCAACAGUAUUUCCAACAGUCAACAAUGGAAAAAGUAUAUCGAGGCAGGUGCAGCCAGAGACAGAGACAAGGAGGGUGCUCCCCCAAGUCCUAGUCUCUCCAGGCGAUCACAAGAAAAACAUCGAAAACAGACAAUGGCCGAAUACGCGAAUGGAGAAAAACCUCAAAAAGUGUCAUCAGGAACUUCAACCGGAAGUAGCAAAGUACGAGGAGUCCCUCAAAGUUUUGGUUACGUAAAAAGACACAGUGCGGGUACGAGUCCGAGUCCAAAUGGAGUUCAAAAUGGUUCAAAAGACACCACACGAACAGCACAAGUCAGCGCGGUACCAAGGACAAAGGUAAAAGUAUCUGGUGGCACGCAAACCUGCACAACCGAAUUACAGGCUAAUUCUACGAGUUCAAGUCAAGGCCAUCACUACAAAAGCUACAGCCUCACUGGAGCAAGUGCUAGUCAGCUCUCACAAUCUGUCCGCGAUCGACUAAUGUUGGGUUCACAAAGUCUUCCGAAACCCGGAAGUCCGGAGUUUACAGCUUUCUUUGCGGCAGCUCAUCAUCGAGAACGGGGCAACGGUGGCGGGCCAACGUCGUCGUCAUUCUCACCGCGUGUUCUCAAGCCAUCGGAUGGAAGUCUCAGCGACACAUGCAGCACUUACGCGGCACCAGACCUCCAAGGCUACUACGGAAGCCCAAGCAGUCCUUAUGCGACUUCCUGGAUGAGGCACAGCAACACCUAUACACCGAGUGGUCGAUCUCAAGGAAUGGGACUAUGCGAAGCUGACAGCGUCGAAUCAUUAGGAUCUCAUAGAGCAAGUUUAACACACGCUCGACUUUUGAUGCACCAAAGAGACUCGACGGGAUCUCCAGCUCCACCACGACUCAAUAGGAGUAAUUCCAUCAGAUCGACAAAGAGCGAGAAAAUGUAUCCUUCAAUGUUAGCUCGAGGAAGUGGAACAUCAUCUUCUGUGGGUGAGGAAGUGGGCAUUGGAAUGGGUGUCAGUGUGGAGCCUUAUUAUAGCGUUCCCGUCGGCACUGCUGGGUGUCCAGGUCAACAUUGGUCCCAACCGACAUCCCCGACACCGGCUCACGCUUCCAGACAACCUCCAAAUCUUUAUCAACAUGUUCAUAAAGAUGACGAAAUUCACGGAUCUUCAGUUUCGUUGGUAUCAACCGCAAGCAGCCUCUACAGUUCAGCUGAGGAAAAACAAGCGCACGAAUUGAGGAAACUGCGUCGUGAAUUGCUGGAUGCCCAGGAAAAAGUUCAUUCACUGACAAGCCAACUCUCAACGAAUGCUCAUGUUGUAUCUGCUUUUGAACAAUCUUUGUCCAACAUGACUCAAAGGCUACAACAACUCACAGCGACUGCUGAGAAAAAAGAUACGGAAUUGCACGAAUUGAGGGAAACAAUCGAAAGGCUUAGAAAGCAGAGUGCUGAGGCUACUUUGAAUAACAAUCUUCGAAGACAUACUCUGGGUGAUUCUGAUUCUGGAACAACCGGAUGCACCGGAAACAGCAAUCAUCAAGGAUCGUCAAUCGCGAGACAAUUGUCAGCAGACAGUGUCACAUCUCUAAACUCUUUGAGCAGCGCUUGUUCUAUCAGCAGUCACCACAAGAAGAAAGGCUGGCUUCGAAGUUCCUUCUCCAAGGCUUUCUCUAGUAGAACUCGUAAACAUCGACAAGGUUCAAUCUCUGACGCUGAGGAUUGCAAGGAGGGCGUUGGAGAUUUGAGUGUACCAAAUAGUCCGCGACUUCCAAUGGCCACAAAACACGAGAAAGUCCAAGAUCAAAAUCAAACUCCAAGAAGCAAUGGUCAAAAAUCUCCCGAGAGUGAUAACGCUAUAACAGGAAGCAAGAGCAGUUCCGCUCUUUAUAAACAGGAAGACGAGGACGACGACGAUGUUGAUGAGUUAAAAAAACAGCUGCGAGAAAAAGACAUGGUUCUGACUGACAUUAGACUCGAGGCACUUUCAUCCGCGCAUCAACUUGAAUCCCUCAAGGACACUGUCAUCAAAAUGAGGAACGAGAUGCUAAAUCUGAAGCAGAACAACGAGCGCUUGCAGCGACUGGUGACCUCGAAAUCUUUGACUUCGUCGCAAUCUUCGUUGCCGAGCGACCCGGAACGACGCUUCAGCAUGACUGAAGUUGCUUCUACUGUUGCAGCAUUAUCGAACGGUGACCACGGUUCGACAUCAAAUCAAUUGGAAGAUUUAAAUAUCCCUGAACAACCCGUGGUACCAUCAGCCACAUCCACAACCACCGAGCCAGCGAUCGAGCAAGAUACCGAUGGAAAGAGAAUUAACGUCGUAGUUUAUUUAGGCAGUGAGAAAAGUUUCAAUUUUAAUCUUUCAAAUUCGACGGAAGGCAAUGCCAGCGAUCCACCUCACUGUAUCAUCGCUAGCGUUUGUAUUUCCAACAAAACAACAUGGGAUAGUCUCGAUACAACUGUCAGACGAUGUUUUAAGGAUUAUGUCUCGAGAGUCGAUCCUGUUACAAAUCUUGGACUUGGUGUUGAAUGUAUUGCUGCUUAUCAUCUAGGCGAAGCCUCAAGAUGCAUCACUGAAUCUCAACAUCCGGAACUAUUACCCUGUGGAUAUAUGGUCGGACACGUGAAAUCAAUUUACUUGGUUCUCUCGGGAUACUCGUGGCUCGCAGUAGAUACAUUAAUUCCGAGAUCAAUAGUUCAAAGGCAAGUGAAUCAUCUCAUGGAACAUCGACGAGUAAUUCUGUGCGGUCCAAGUGGCACGGGAAAGAGUUAUUUGGCCGGAAAACUCGCUCACGCUCUCGUGGACGCCGAUACGGAAAAUAAGGACGCGGCCGCAGUGGCUACUUAUAAUGUAGAUCAUAAAUCUAGCAAAGAACUUAGACAAUAUUUAACUCACAUUGCUGAGAGAUGCGAUUCCAAUGCUGCCGACGAACUGCCUCGCGUUAUUAUUCUUGAAAAUCUUCAACAUGCUGCCUCACUUAGCGAAUUAUUUAGCGGCCUUCUCGGCACUCGACAUUCUACGUGUCCCGCGAUUAUAGGUACCAUGAGUCAAACCACCUGCAGCACUACGAAUCUUCAGCUUCAUCAUAAUUUCCGGUGGGUCCUGUGUGCCAAUCAUAUGGAACCAGUAAAAGGUUUUCUAGGGAGAUAUUUAAGACGGAAAUUACUGGAACAUGAAUUACGUGAAACCGGAGGAGCUAGAAAUGCAGAAAUGGUGGCCGUCGUUGAGUGGUUACCAAGAGUUUGGCUUCAUCUUAACAAGUUCUUGGAGACUCACAGUAGUUCCGAUGUGACUAUAGGUCCACGACUCUUCCUCUCUUGUCCGAUGGAAGUUUCCGGAUCUCAAGUUUGGUUUACAGACUUGUGGAAUUAUUCUGUGAUCCCGUACCUGGUGGAGGCUGUUAGAGAAGGUCUGGCACUUUAUGGACGAAGAACAAGUGGAAGCGGAAAUGGCGAUUCAGUUUGGGAAGAUCCAGCACAAUUUAUUAUCACAAGUUAUCCAUGGAUUUCAACUCAUGCCGUUCACGGCGGAAGUGACGCUCUUUUACGACUUAGGCCCGAAGAUGUUGGCUACGACGUUGUUACUUCUGGUCAUUCAUCGGGAGUCGGAGCUUCUAGUGUAAAAAGUCUCGGUAGCACUCACAGCGACACAGAUGGAGAUCCUUUGUUAAAUAUGCUAUUGAGACUUCAAGAGGCGGCCAAUUUUUCAAGUCCUCUUAGCAACGAUAGCGAUUCAAAUUCGAUGGAUUCUUCUCAUACUAGGCACUCAGAGGAUUUAAGUUCCUCGACUUCGUCUUCGAGAGGUGUCGAGUCCGCUCUUUAGGAGAUGUCAAUGAUCGUAAGACGACAAUAGACGUAGGAAAUAUAUUUGCAGUUUUGUCAAAUUUUCAACUCAUUGAUAUUGAGUAGGAUAACAAAAUAUAGAAGAAUCAAUUUACAUCGAGUGAAAUAUUCUUAUUAAUGAAAAGAAAACAAAUACAUAAAAAGAAACUUGGAGAAAAUUAGAAGCAUGCUAGAAGACAACGCUUUUUCAAGCAACAAUUAUUUUUUGUACAUAAGCCAGGAAACCGUAUGUUUCAGAUAUUUCUUAGAAAUCGUGCGAAUUUCAAGAAAAGAAAGCAAAGUUCGUUAACGAAUUUCGAAAUAAAGAAAGCAAUAAUUUUUUCACGCAAGUUAAUUUUUAAAAGGCCUAUUGCAUUUUUACAGGCUCUAAAUGGUAUAGAAAACAAUUUUUCAAUGAAACAAUUUUCAUUGCUCGAAACAAACAUGUUCGUAAACGUUUCAAACAGUUUGAAAGCGUUUUAUUUUUGCACGUUCGGAAACGGUACUAACAAUUUAAAAUUUUUCCCAAACUUCGAAAACGUUUUUAACAGUUUGAAACAAUUUUAUAAAUUUUGAAACGAAAAAUUGAGACACCGAAAGUCCUAAAUAGAACAUAUUUUCUAAGUUCGAACAUGUUUUAAACAGUUUGGUGGAAUUCAGAACAAUUUUACAAGUUUGUGAACAUUUUGAAAAAUUCAAAACGCUUUAACGAAUUUGUACAUCUAAUAGUUCGAAAUAAUUUUUGUAAAUUCAAAUAUGUUUCAAACAUCAGUCGAAAAACGUUUCUAAUAAUUUAAAAACUAUUUUCUUAGAGAUUCUAGGAACUGUUUUAAAAUAUUGCAAGAUUUUCAAGUUUAAACUUUCAAGAACAGAUCUAAAAUAAUUUUUAAGGUUUGAAAACGUUUUUAAAAAGUUUGAAAAUAUUUUUGUGGAAUGUUUCCACAAAAUUUUUGACAGGUCCUAAAGCAUUUUGUUUUAAAUAAACAAUUCUAUGAGAAUUUUAUAAUUAUAAGCGAGCCUAAUAAGUGAAACCAUUGCCUAUCAUGCGAACGUAGACAUAAUUAUCAAUAAAAAUUAACAAUAAGACACAAUGCUGCUGUGACAGAAAAAAUGAUUGUAUUUUUUAAAAACUCAUUUUUUACUUUUGAGCCUCAAUGACGCAACGCAGUGCAAAUCUGUUUUUUUUUUAAAGAAACUCUUGACGAAAGACACAGUAUUAGAGGACGGAAAGAGAAAUGCUGCGAAACUUCUCGUCCAUAUUUGACCAAUAGCCGCGAAGCUCGGUAUUGCUCAGCGAAAUGAAAGAAAAUCUCGAGUCAAAAAUUUUUUCAAUUUUCUAGUUCUUUAUUUUUUUUUCUCUCGCAGAGGAUAAAACAAAGCCAUUCACAAAAUGCUGAGGAAAAUAAUUGAAAAAAUUGGAGAAAUUUUUUUGUACACUCGAGAAAAGAAGCUCUGCAAAUGUGCGUGCAAAAUAUAGUCUAUUUAUACAUGUAAUAAUUUACUAAGAAAACUUUAUUUAAUGAACAAAAAAAUGUUAAUAUAAUAUUAAUAUAUUAUAUGUAUACAAAACACGGCGCUGAAUUUUUAUAUGUAAAUGUAUGUGAGCAAGUAAAAUUUAUAUGAUUAGUCAUUAAGACAUGUGAGUAAAUCUGGUCAUAAUUGAUAUUGUAAAUAUAUAAUAGAGGGAAAAUUCAGGCGCCGAACGCAAUUAUGUAUAACUUGAGGAGAGAGAGAGAGAGAAAGCGAGAGGGAAAAUUAGUUGACACGAGUAAACAAGUCGGCAAAGAAGUUUUUUCAGUGAGAUUGCAAUUGGGGAGAUUGUGCGCCUUUCAAUUAAAAACAAAAAAGAAAAAACGGAAAAAGAAUUUUGCAAGUACGGGUAAGAUUAUACAUAUUGUAAAAUGUAGUAGAUUCGAUUAAAUUCGAACGCUUUGAUAAACCAAAGCACGAUUGAAAAAUGGUAUAUUUCGAAAAAAAGAGAUCGUGCUCGUAAUAACAAUUAUUCAGACGCAUUUACAGGUUUUUUACGUUUGUAUCGUAUUUAUACACUUUGGCGCCGCACCCAAAACUCUAUCCAAAUAUUAUUACUGUGUCAUCAAAUAAAAAUCAUUGACCUAUA